UCUUUCUUUCUUUUCUCCCUUUUCUCUUGGCUGCCUUCACAGUAAACUCAAAGAUGAAAGGCUUUUGCAGUGCGGCGGAGUUAUUGAGUUAGGGCAAUUUGCUAAGUUCUGUUCCAUAUCGAGAAGGUUAGCAACUACUUUUUCAUCAUCCGGGAAGGGAAUGCUUUUUCUGUUCCAAGGGGCCAUGGAAGUAGAUACUGGAAAUUCGUGUUUUAUUGACAAGCUGCCUGUAGAAAGAUAUACAUCUACAAGAGAAACAAAGAAAGAAAAAGGCCAGGCAGGUGCACUGAAGCUCCCGCUAUGUGGGGGGUCCGAGGACACAAAGAAGCCUUUAGAAAAUAACAGAAGCCCUCUUGUAUUUGUCAAUCACGCUGCUAUUGCAUGGCAUGAGAACAGAAGAAAAUGGGUUGGAGACGUAUCAAGGAAGUCAGAAAGGAUGCCGAAGGAUCCAAUUAUAAGCUGGUCAACAACCUACGAGGACUUGCUCUCUACAACUGACCGUUUCUCCGAGCCAAUACCUUUAACUGAGAUGGUCGACUUUUUAGUCGAUAUCUGGCAUGAUGAGGGGCUUUUCGACUAGAUAAUUGUGAAGACAGCUUCAUCUAUGUAUCUUGUGCAGAUUAUUUUACAGACAUCGGAAAUCUUGUGCAUCUUCGAGAGUGUGACGCAUAAGAUAUUUAGCUGGACAUUCAACUUCUUCUAGCCAUUGAUCUUUUAUAGGACCUUCCAUUUUCUGUGGUACCAUUUGUAGUCAUUGUCUGGUACCGUUAACAGGCGAACGAUCCUCUGAGAGUCUCCUCUGAAUUAUGUUGUAUCAAAUAUUGUUGAAGUAUAAGUACUGAAUCUUUCAAGCAGAUACUUAAAAAUCCUAAGUAAGCUUUGUUUUCAA